AGAGGUCAAGACAUAACAAGUAGCAUCACAGAUGCAUCUGUGAGUAGCAUAGCUAAAUUGCAAUCGACGAGAUUUUGUCAAUGAGUGAUUUCUUAUUAGGGAAACUAAAUUAGCCUAUCAUGUGAAUGGUAUUUGCUCGUUAUAAUGACAAUUAUACGUUCUCGUGCUUUACAGUAUCUUUAUGGCCAGGGGAUUUAUGGCAGUUCCGAUCAAAGUUCGUCUAGUUAUGUCUUGCAAGUCAACAUCCACCGAUUUUGAAAGUACUGUCUGUCUGUCAGUAGUGGAGUGAGCUACUCCAGUUAGCUGGCUAGCCAGUUAAGCAGUUAACGUUAUCGUGAGCUUACAAAUACAGAUACGGUCGUAAAUAUGAAAAGUGUGGGCUCUUUGCUAGUUUUUGUUUUAUGGGCUUUCAUUUUCUGGCCCAACGUAGAAAGUAGGGAUGGAUACUCGUAUGCAGAUUGUACGUAUCUGAAAGAAAAUGAAGAUACAACCCAGUAUGGACGUCGAUGUUUUUGUUAUAACUCUGGUAGAGGGAUAAAAUGGAAAGACCUAUGGUCCACGUUUCAGGUCCGCGUAACAGACAAAAAUAAUGAUGUUGAAGUUGUGUACCCAAUGGAGACGAGGAAUUGUCACAACCCCGACGACCUUCUCACGGCGGCCAAGUGCACAGUGGAGUACUACUGGCCGCCCGCAGUGGAGCACGGCAAGACCCUGGACAUACCUCUGGUGGAGGAGGAUGUCUGCUUCAUGGUCAAGAGCCCUAGAGCCAGCACAGAGUACACACUCCAUGUGUCUGGGAAAAGACUGAAUAAGAUGCGGUUUGGUCUCUUCAUUGGUGGAUUGCUCUUGUUCUACUUGGCUGGAAGUAUUUGCAGGAGCUCUGUCUUCUAUUACACUACUGGAGUUACGUUUGGCAUCAUCUCCAUUUUAUUGUUGCUGCUUUUCGUCAUGAAAAACUUCAUUCCAAAAAAAGGUGUCUUCCUAGCGUUUUUUGGUGCCAGCACCGGUGUUUCCUACCUGGGGUUUCAAAAAGUGAUGGUGGCGUGGGAGGACAUCACAAAGAACUACUGGCGAGAGACGCUGGGCUACCUGGCUGUAACGGGUCUCAUCAGCUUUGCGCUGUGCUACAAGCGCGGCCCCAUCACCUGUGAGCGAACUCUGACCCUGAUGACCUGGUGCGUGCAAAGCGCCGCCAUGACCAUGCUGUGGGCGGGCAUCUCUUACCCACCAGCGGCCUACACCCUGAUGGGGGCGCUGAUGAGCCUCAAGCUGUUGCCAGUGGUGGCUACCAUUCUGAUCGGCAUCUGCAGGUUGAUUUGGAACCUCCUCUGCUCUUUCCUGGGCCUGUUCCGGCGCCGGCGCCGGCCAGUGACCCGGUUCCUGACGGAGGAGGAGUACCGAGAACAGGGGGAGGUCCACACUCGUGCCUCCCUAGAACAGCUGAGGGAGUCCUGCAGAACCCCAGGGUUCCCUGCUUGGGACACGGUUCUCAAGCUCAGCAAUCCACAGAGGUUUGCGGACUUCCUGCGCAGCGGUGCCCACGUGACCGCGUCAGAACAGGAUAAGCACGAGCGCCACUACGGCGUGGGCGGAGCCUACUACGAGAACGUACUCUUCAGUGGCAGUCGCAGCUGGGGCCUGCACCAUGGCGACGGCGAUGGCGAUGACCUGAACGGCGGCGGCAGUGGUGGUGGAGACGACUUCAGUGAGGACGAGUUGGAGCCGUACGCCAGGGCGCCCCCGACCCCCGUCCCCACCCCGAGCCCCACCCUGCCCAGCUUCCCUGUCUACACACCCCCUCCACCCACCCCCGCUCUGUUCUGCCCCUACCCCCCUGCCCCAGCCCCCGCCCUCUACCCCCCACUCCCCAUGGAUGUAGAGGAAGAGGAGGAAGACCUCUUUUGA